GUGUGUUCUAGAUGAAUGUCAGUUAACAGAACCCAAGCAAAAGAGAGCACUAUCAGAAUAAUUCUAGCCUUUUCUAGAUUUCGUAACUCAGUGACACCAAUUGGUUGCAACAGUAGUAACCUAGCCAUAAUGAGGAAGGAUAUCUUGUGCAUCGUAAUUGCCAUUAUUUUUAGUGGUGCUCACAUCUCACCCACUGAUGGUGUUAAUACCAUAAUGAAUGAUCUUUUAACACUGUCGGACGACACAGUACAGAUAGCCUUGAACGCCAUGAAGAUAGGAUUUAACCGAACCACGGAAUUAAUGGACAGCUGCAUAUCUACCAUGAUGAACAGUGAAAUGAACCAAACUACCGUGGACAUACAAGAUGAGAAAUUGAAAGCGGCAGCGGCAGGACUAACUGAUCGCUUUAAAUCGUUAAUGCCUGACCUGCUUAAACACGUAGAGCUAGCAAAAGCGCGAAUAGCGAGCUUGUACGUAAACGCAGAAUCCUGUGAAACCUCGCUUCGGAAAGUUUGUGUUGAUCUAAAAGGGAAAUUAGGCCAGUGUUCAUCUAGGCGUAUCAACGCUGCAAUCAGCCAAAUCCAUAACUGUGUGAAUGACGGAGUGGACCAUGCCAGCGGGGAUAUGAUGAACAAUAAUAGGAACCUUAAUGAUAUGAUGACCGAAUUCAGAGAUCUGUGCAAAAAACGUCGUAGCUGCUUCACCGACGUCGGAGCCCCUCGGUGUCUCAAUGAGGUCAUGCGUAAUAAUUUGACCCCAUUUUUCACAAACGCACAGAAAUGCUUCUUGACAAUAGCCGAAGCUCGACCCACAAUGGAACCAAUUAAUGUGUGCACUGCGGAAAUUACGGCUGACGUACCCCUGAUGUGCUGAUUGGGUAGCACUUUUAUAAAUCUACUUAUUUUUAAUUAUAUAAUAAAAAG